ACUCUUACGUUCAGUACUUUACGGAUCCGUCGGUCGUAUGAAUUAAUAAAUUAUUUCCUAGCAGAGUUCCCCGAGACGUGCCAUCCUGGUGAGGUUCAUAGUCGUGUUUUCAGGCCAACACGACUCCAGUUCGGGGAGACGUUGAGAAGUGUUGCAAAGAGUGGAGCAGCUCGCGAAUGCAAGAAGAAAAGCACAGAAAAAGAUAAAUAAAGUGAUCUGAAAGGGAAGCGAUCCGGUCUGGACGGAGCUGGUCGAAGAAGAAUCAGAAUUCAUAAGCGGAAGAAGAGAAAGAAGCAUGAAAAAUGAUGCAAUUAUAUAAUUAAGAAGUUUGAAAUAUUUUCGUCUGUGUGUGAUGUGAGAGCAGCAACCAACAACGGGCAGAGGUCUCCGUGCCGUUUUUUCCCCUGUUGUUUCGGAUCGCGAGGAGUAUAUUAUUAUUUUUCACGGUCUCUCAGGUUUCGCGUGUGUGUUUUCUUGUCUGGUCCUUUACCUACAUCGAAGUCGCGAAGGAGAAAAAUUCUCAGCGAUUAAGAUCGAUAUCGCACAGAGGAGGGCAUCGUACGAGAAGAAGACACAAGAUACAAACCCACGUGUGGAGGUCGGUGGUCAGCAGUGAUGGGGCCAAUCAAAUUCAACCUGUCAGUUGCUUCGGUCGGAGGCUUGAUGGUUUGUUUACUGACAUUGGUCACAGUGGGUCACGCGGCGAUAGAGACCACAGCAGAUGACGGUGACGUAUCUGCCGGAGCGACGGUGAAUAGAAAGGUGACAGUUGAUGGCGGUCAUCAGUAUGAGGAAUUGCCACCACUGGCAAAACCGACGGCCGCGAAGGAGGGAAGGAAAGCGACGGAAUCGGUGAUGGAGCCAUGCCGGGAAGCGUGCUCGAAAAAGCACUCGACAAAGGAAUCGCUUUGUUCCCAGCGCCGGAACUGUUCAACGUGCCAACGAAAAUGCAUCCUGGAAAGUAUAUCUCCAUCCACCGGCGAUUCACUGCACCGUCUAACGCUGGUUCUGCUGCAGAUGAUCCGCAACGAGUCCCUCGUCACGGCAGAUGUCGCCUGGGUAAAUGCAGCCGACAGCCGCUCCAGUGCCAAUCAUUCCCACCAACAACAUCAGCAGCAGCAACAGCAAUGUCUGGUCACGUGGGAAGUCUCCGGUGGGGGACUGAUGGGCAACCUGCUGACUGAAUCUUCCACCGUGCAGCUAUCGCUUUGGCCAGAAACCAACUAUCGGGUGCAGGUCACCUGUCGGAGCAAGCACACUAACACCAUGAUCCGUUCGGCACCGAUAGUGUUGAAUACGUCCACUGCCACCUCCGUCGGUCAAGGUCAGUCGAAGAAUCCAGUUGCCGAUGAAAGCGAAGCACAAAUCGGCCUUGAAGAAUUAGUUCCUGCCUCCAACCCGAAGACAUCCAAUGGCCAAAACGAUAUUAUUGUAACGUGCCGCAACGAUAGCUCAGAUCAUCCCAAUGGCCUGCGAGAAGUUCUACUACUAGGGGUGUACGUCACCCUGCUGGUGUUCCUGAUGAUACUGCUGACGUUGAUUAGCUUUAUCCAGCCGAAGCCAAAACCAGUGUCGUUGGAUAAGGAGGUUUCCUCACCGUCUUCGGCGUCGUCGACGUCGUCGGACACGUGCUCGAUAGCGUCCGAUAAGCAAGUGCUCGUUGCGAAUGAUGUGAUGGCUGCGGAAAUGGCUUCGGUAGCAGGAACGGAAAUUUUGCACGUUUAAGGGUCAUUUGACUGUACUUGGGGAGGGACUUUUAGAUUAAGGAGUGCUCAAAGUCAAUAGGGGUUAAAUUAGCUUUUAUAAUGAUAUUUGCGAAGAAUAAUUAGUAAUGAGUAAUGUAAGGAAACGCUUUUGGUAUUCAGACCAUGGAACUACAGAAAUAGAAUGACAGUUACAAGCAAGAUGGACACGAAAUCAGUUCUCACAUUAUGUUCUUCAAUUGCCAUAAAUGAAAACAUAGAUCAAAAGAUUGGUAAACAAUGCGACACUUAAAAAUUAUAUUUUCUGUUACAGAACCGGUGGAUCUGAAACAGGAUCUGCUGGUGGCUGGUUUUCUUCUUCAUGCCUCGGUUCUGGUUAGACAAAUCAGAAUGACCACGGUUGGGAACAACUUCGAGUAAACUGGGACCUGCUUCGACGUCCCGGUUGGGACUCUACAGAUGUUCACUGCCACUUGGUGUUGCUGCGGUAGACCUUGGUGGUAAAGCAUGUCACAUUUUCGGAAAUCACGAGGAGUUGCGCCUUGAGUAAAUUGUGAGCAGCUGCUUCGAGUCGUCGUCAUUCUUCCACGUGCAGAUAUGCUUCACUCAGGUCGAUGACGUUUU